AGAGGAGGGGAAUUGAAGAGGUGCAGUAAUGAGCUAUAGGUCUGAAGAGGAGCCAGGAAUGAUUUGAAGAACUUGCCUCAUCUUUGCUGCCCUAAGUAGCGUGAAUUUCUUUGGCUGAUUUAGAAACAGGAGGAGGUCUAUGGACAGAUUAUGGAGUGAGAGGGAGUGUUUACAUCUGCAGCUUCAAUUCUAAACCUACACCAUGUCAUUAAUGCUCAUCAGUAGCCAGGGUAGCUUCCUACUGUUCACAUACACACAAGUCAUCAUUACAGGCAGCCCUGCUCGUGGUGAUUUAAAGCAGGUCAGGCCCUCAGGAAAACAGAACAGGCCAAAAGAAUUGUCUGCAGGGCAGCACAGAAGUUGUGCAGAUGGGAGAAUGGUGCUGUUCAAAAUAAUGAUUUAUAACGGGUCUGACACCAUUUGACAAACAGAUAGAUGACUUAAUGCUAACUGGAAAUUGUGGUUCAUGCUUUGUAAAUCAUCAUUAAGACACUGGGGAGCCACUGGAGUGUAGUGUGAUAGGCAUUACUCAAAGUUCAGACUGAAAAAUUUCUUCAGAAACCACUGACAACUUUGUAAGGGUAAUGAAAGUUAGGAAAUUAGCAUUCCUAAUACUGCUUUGGGAUGAGUAGGAAAAGGGAAGCUUUCUGCAGUGGAAGCUGAGAUUGCUCUCCUAUGCUAAGUAAAAGUUCAUCAAACUGAUGAAUUGUCUUUCUACCUGAGUUGGCAGCUACUUCGGGGUUCUGUUGGAUCAUACAUAAAAUAAAGCCCUCUGCAGUUUUAUAAGGAUGUGAAAGUGGCAUCUGGACAGUGGAUGAUACAGAAGUUAUGUAAGAGGUAGGAAAAAUCACAAUGAACAUAGAGGAGUAGGAUUGCCUCGGAUGAGUGGGACUUCCUCCAAAAGAAGUAGAGGAAGUUUCUUACAGAUGCAUUUGUCUGUGUGCUCCAUAAAAAUCCUGACGAGAGAAGGCGAGGUGAAGCCUUGUGCUCUAAUCUGUAAGCUCAGUGCAGGAGCUAUGCUUUGGGUCUGCUUUUGCCUCCUCCCUGUUGCUCCCUCACCACCAGGGAUGUCAGGCAUCUGGGCAAUCAGUGCUGCUCACUUAGAAAUAAUAGAUGAAAGCUCCUCUGGCAUCUGGGCAUGAGAGACCAGUUGUUUUAGAAGAACUUGUUUGUCAGGUCUGGUUGUACUUUGAAGAAAGGAGCUGCACAACAGCGUGUAGAAACAAGUAGAGUCCCCUAGCAGAUAUAAGCUCCAGACAACGCUUGCUGCCACUUCCAGCUGUACCCACACGUUGUACUUGUGCUAUGGAGCCUCUGCUUGGGGUUACGCUGGGUUUGAUUCUGAUGGUAGCUUCAUCGGCACAGAGCUGUACCUGCGUGACCAAUAAGUGGACAGUAUGCGACCAGGAUGCAUCUGGCAACUGCACCUGCAGGCUGGUAGGUUCAGAUCAUGCAGUAGAUUGUUCGACGCUGACUUCAAAAUGCUUGCUGAUGAAGGCAGAAAUGUCUGUCCUGAAGCUCUCCUACAGACCUCGGGUUAAGCUGCUGGAUGGUGGCAUUUAUGAUCCGGACUGCGAGGACAGCGGUAUCUUCAAAGCCAGACAGUGUGACGAAGCUGGAACUUGCUGGUGCGUGAACACAGCUGGAAUAAGAAGAACUGGAAAAGGUGACAAAAAUUUGAUAUGCAAUGAACUGAUAAGAACAAACUGGGUCGACAUCGAACUGAAGCACAAAGAAACAUCCCAUUACUUCGAAGCUCUUGAUGUAGCAGAAGCCCUGACACGUCUGUUUGAGAACCGCUACAAACUGCGACCCAAAUACAUCGUAGCUGUGAAGUACGAUUCCCCAUUUAUCCAAAUCCACCUAAAACAGAAUAACUUGAAGCAGCGGGACGUAGAUAUAGUUGAUGUAGCCUAUUACUUGGAAAAAGACGUAACAGGGGACUCUGUGUUUCAUUCUGACAGCACAUUUCUUGUCUCUGUUAAUGGGAAAGAUCUGGCUAUUGAAAAUAUACGCAUUUACUACGUUGAUGAAAAGCCACCAGUGUUUAGCAUGAAGCAACUGCUUGUUGAUAUCAGUGCUGUGGUGGCAGUGGUGAUACUGCCUGCUGGUUUUGUCAUUAUUUUGGUGAUUGUUCUGUGCCAGAGGAGAAAAUACAGAAAAAUUAAGAUUGAAAAGAUGAGUGAAAUAGAAGGACAAAUUCUAGAGCUCUAAUCUGACAGAAGGAAUCAAACUGCAACUUCAGCAACCAGGCAGAGGUGGGGAGGGCAAAAUAAGAAGAAUGAACAGACUCUGUGUAAUGUGGGUGGAUUUGGAGUUGUCUCCCAUUUUGUAGGAAUUGACAAAACACUCGUUUUGAAUUAUUCUACUACAAAAACAACUUUUCCUUGGGUAUAAAUUAAUCUAGGAGUUGGUAACUGAAAUCUGGGACCAAAAGUCCCAAUUCGGUAGCUACACAAAGUGUAAUUGAUAUUUUGUGCCAAUAUAGCAUACGUGCACUUGUACUGCAGACUUCGUUCGCUUGCUUAAUAUUUAAGCCAAGGUUCCUCGUGUGUUUGCUUAAAGCAAAAUAAUCAUAGCAAUAAAAAUGUUUUAAAAGUC